GAAACGGGGAAAGGUUUUACAUUCAGUGGCCACUUUUCCCUCUGUUUUCCUCACAGAUAAACCCUUGUCUGUCUCUCUAAAAUGGCAAGAGUAGCGUGCAGCAACCUUGUACCUGCCUUGUCUCUUCUUCCAAAGAAAUCAACAUCAUCAUUUCCUCUGUGUAGAAACCAUUCUUUCUUCACUAACAACUCCCAAUUUACAGGGUUUUUUGGGAUUGCCAAUAGGCGGUUUUCCGCUUCUUCUUCAAAAAUAAGCAUGAGCUUGAAAGCUGGAAUUGUUGGCCUUCCUAACGUCGGCAAAUCCACUCUCUUCAAUGCUGUUGUGGAGAAUGGAAAAGCUCAAGCUGCUAAUUUUCCGUUUUGUACAAUAGAGCCGAAUGUAGGGAUUGUUGCUGUUCCAGAUUCAAGACUCAAUGUACUUUCUGAACUAAGCAAGUCUCAACGAGCUGUCCCGGCAUCUAUUGAAUUUGUAGAUAUUGCUGGCCUUGUCAAGGGUGCCAGUCAAGGGGAGGGGUUGGGUAACAAGUUCUUAUCUCAUAUUCGAGAAGUUGAUUCCAUUCUUCAGGUUGUUCGCUGUUUUGAUGAUAAUGACAUUGUUCAUGUAAAUGGCAAGGUCGAUCCUAAAUCUGAUAUUGAUGUAAUCAACUUAGAGCUUGUUUUCUCAGACUUGGAUCAGAUUGAAAAAAGAUUAGAGAAGCUCAAGAAAGGGAAGGCGAGGGAUUCACAAUCAAAACUCAAGGAAGAGGCUGAAAAGUCUGCCUUGGAAAGGAUUCGAGAGGCACUCAUGGAUGGAAAACCAGCACGAUCUGUAGCAUUAACAGAUUUUGAGAAGGAUGCAGUAAAGCAUCUUUGCUUGCUUACUAUGAAACCAGUCAUAUAUGUGGCAAAUGUUGCAGAAUCUGAGCUAGCUGAUGCUGGAAAUAAUCCUUAUGUCAAAGAAGUGAUGAAUCUUGCAUCUGAGUUACAAUCUGGACUAGUUACAAUUUCUGCACAGGUUGAAUCAGAGCUUACAGAACUGCCAUUUGAAGAACGAAAUGAAUUUCUGAAAUCACUUGGUGUUAGUGAAAGCGGCCUUGGAAACCUCAUCACAGCAACAUAUAGCCUUCUGGGGUUGCGUACAUACUUUACCUCUGGAGAGAAGGAAUCAAAAGCAUGGACUAUACAUGCAGGAAUGACAGCACCUCAAGCUGCUGGAGUUAUACAUUCUGACUUUGAGAAGGGUUUUAUUCGAGCUGAGACAGUGUCUUAUGAUGAUUUCGUGGCUGCUGGUUCACUUGCUGCCGCAAGGGAAAAAGGACUUUUGAGAUCUGAGGGCAAGGACUACAUAGUUCAAGAAGGAGAUGUAAUGCUGUUUCGUUUCAACGUUUAACAGCCAUUAUACUAAAGAUAAACACAUCUUGUUGCUUUUCCAACACAAUUGGUGAACAAUUUUGAAUACAGCUCAAGUGAAAGAUAGUGUUCAUUUCUUGAAAUCAUCUUGAACUGGGGACGUAUCUUGCAUACAAAAUGAAACACUUUCAUUUUUUA